UGCCGUAAUAUUACUGGCCUGGUCAUCGUGAUAGCUGGAUUGACGGUGCCUUUCUGCGUUUUCUUUUUUCUACAGUUUCAAACCAGAGACCGAGAAGGCAUGGAGGCAGGCCUGCAAGUUAUGAUGGAGGGAACAGGGAAGGAGAAGGGGCAAGAGAGGGCCAUUGGUAUUGAUUUGGGAACAAGCUACUGUUGUGUUGGGGUAUGGCAGCCGCAGCAUAACAUGGCUGAGAUCAUUGUUAAUGAGCAAGGAAACAGAACCACUCCUUCCAUGGUUGCUUUUACUGCCUCCCAGAGACUUAUUGGCGAUGCUGCUAAGAACCAGAUUGCAACCAAUCCUCUCAACACUGUCUUUGACGCCAAGCGACUCAUUGGAAGGCGAUUCUCUGAUCCUUGUGUGCAACAGGACAUAAUAUUAUGGCCUUUUGUUAUCGAAGAGGUGAAUGAUAAGCCUCUCAUCCAAGUCACUUACAAAGGAGAAACAAAGUUAUUUGCCCCUGAAGAGAUCUCAUCCAUGCUGCUCAUGAAAAUGAAGACCAUUUCUGAAAGUUAUCUUAAGUGUGAGGUGAAGAAUGCAGUUAUUACUGUGCCUGCUUAUUUUAGUGAUGCCCAGAAGAGGGCCACAAAGGAUGCUGGUGUGAUUGCAGGCCUCAAUGUCAUGCGAAUAAUUAAUGAACCAACGGCUGCAGCUAUAACUUACGGCUUCCAUGAUGUAUUUACAGGAGAAAGAAGCGUUCUCGUCUUCGAUUUGGGUGGAGGUACAUUUGAUGUCUCAGUUUUAUCUGUUCAAAAGGGUUUGAUUGCCGUCAAGGCUGUUAGAGGGGAUAUGCAUCUAGGAGGUCAAGAUUUUGACAACAGAAUGCUUAAUUUCUGUGUUCAAAAGUUUAACACAAAAUACAAGUUGGAUAUGAGUAGGAGUGCCAAAGCUCUCCGAAGGCUUCGUUCAGAAUGCGAGAGAGCAAAGAGGAGUUUGUCCUCCGAGAUCGAGACUGUCAUCGACAUUGACUGUCUUUAUGAGGGACAUGAUUUUUUUAUAAAGUUUAGGAUAGCCAAGUUUGAGGAGCUGAUCGCCGACUUAUUUCAGAAGUGCAUAGAAAUAGUGAGAGAAUGCCUACAGGAUGCCCAAAUGACCAACGACCAAAUCGAGGAUAUUGUAUUAGUGGGAGGUUCGUCGCGUAUACCAAAGUUGCAGGAAUUACUCAGACAAAAUUUUGGACAGAAAAAGCUAUGCAAUAAAGUAAACCCUGACGAGGCCGUUGCUUAUGGUGCGGCUGUGCAGGCGGCGGCAUUGAACAAUGAAGAUGUAACCCUAAGGCUCACGGAUGUGACACCUUUGAGCCUUGGAACUGAAAUUAAGGGUGAUGUCAUGUCCGUAAUUGUUCCGCGAAAUACUCCAAUUCCCACUGAGAGGGAUGACUAUUUCACUACACUCAGUGACAAUCAAACUGAGAUGAUAAUUUCCAUCUAUGAAGGAGAGAGGCCAUUGGUCGCACAAAAUAAUUUGUUAGGUGAAUUUGAAUUGAGUGGAAUUCCACAGGCCAGAUGUGGGGUGCCAAAUAUUAAGAUUCGCUUCAAAAUAAGUGAGGAUGGCAUUCUCACAGCCUCUGCAGAGGACAAAGGUAGCGGAGCAAAUAAAGAGAUCACAAUAACCAAUGCCGGUGGAAGGCUUAGCAAAGAGGAGAUCGAUAAAAUGAUAGCUGAUGCAGAGAAAUUUAACGAGGAUGAUAAAAAAGUUGAAAAGAAGAAUCUGGCCAGAAAGAGUCUGGAAUGCUAUAUUUACAACAUGAAAAGUAGGGUAACGGAGGCUAAGACCAAACAAAAUAUUAAGGCAUCUGAUGCAGAGGACAUCCUGUCGACAUUGAAUAAUGCUGAAGAAUGGUUGGAUGACAAUGAGGAGGCAGAAGCUUCUGAAUUUGAAAAAGAGUUGAAAGAGCUUCAGAUUGAUCGGUUGCCCACUUUUACCAGUUAUUUGUAAGGUAUGCCGAUUCGUAAAUUAUUUUUUAA